GAUUUGUAGCUAGGCUAUGGAGUUCGUUCGAGGGAGCGUCUCGCCGAAUGGCCUGGCUGUGCUCACGCUUGAUCGGCCCAAGGCUCUCAACGCGAUGAAUCUAGACAUGGAUGUGGCGUAUAAGAACUAUCUUGACGAAUGGGCAGCGAAUCCCGCUGUGAAGGCCGUUCUUGUGGAAAGCAGCUCGUCGCGCGCAUUCUCCGCAGGAGGAGAUGUAAAGUGGAUGACCACCACUGGCUGCAAGUUAUUUGGGAUGCAUAAACUGGCUGUCAAGGUGUUCUCAGCUGAGUACAGCUUAAUCUGCACGAUUGCUCGCUACCAAAAACCUUACAUCUCGUUGAUGGACGGGAUAACCAUGGGUUUUGGCAUCGGCUUGUCGGGCCAUGGCAAGUAUCGCGUGAUUACCGAGAGGACGGUUCUUGCCAUGCCUGAGAAUGGAAUCGGCUUGUUUCCAGACGUUGGUUUUGCAUAUAUAGCAGCUCGAACUCCUGCAAAUGGAGCUGUAGGAACUUAUCUCGGUUUAUCCGGUGCGCGAGUCAAUGAACCUGCUGAUGCUCUCUUUGUGGGACUGGGAACGCAUUUCGUGCCUUCGGAGAACUUGUCAUCGUUGAAGGAAUCUCUCCUGGCGAAGGACUUGUCCAAUGCUUCUGAAGCAGUGGAAGAUGCCCUCAAAGUUUUCGGCGGUAAACCUGAAGCUCCUGCCCAGCUCAAGACGCUGUUGCCUCGCAUAUCCUCAGCUUUCGGUCCAGAUAAAUCGGUCUCCGAAUCAAUAAAGGCUUUGGAGAAAGAGCAACACUCUUCGGAUGCGAAAGUUGCCGGGUGGGCAAAAGCUGCUCUCGCGGGGAUUCAAAAGGCCGCACCAUUCAGCCUGGAAGCCACUCACAAGCAUUUCUCCUCAGUGGUUUUGAAUCCAUCCGCACAGAUUGAGGACGUAAUGAAAGCGGAGUAUCGUAUGGCUCUUCGAAUUGCCGUUCGAGAUGACUUCUUUGAAGGAGUUCGAGCUGUUCUAGUAGACAAGGACCAGAAACCAAAGUGGCAGCCUGCUCAGUUAGAAAGCGUUCGUGCCGAAGAGAUUGAAUUCUUGUUUCGUACUCUCGACUGCGACCUUAUUGUCUGAUCGCCCAAAUAAAAAGCUAAAGAAAACAUCGUCGAGAUCCACCGCCACCGUCUUUACGGUACGAUGGCCAUGUCUGCCGAGCGCGCCGAUGAAAGAAGCUCCUUUGCUAUCACUUCGCAGUUAGAUACUUCACCAUACGUUAUACUUUUAGAAAAAAAUUCCAAGAAAAUACAGAGUGUGUGAUUGUGGAGAUUA